AUGAAGCACAUGAAGAUCAGAUUGUGCAAUCAAGGCCGAAACUCCAAGCACAGCGACAAGAUGGGCUUGAAAUACUUUCCCGAAAUCGAUGAUGAGCCACAAUGGCAGCGAACGCCAAAAAGAAGCAAGUUCGCGUACCUUUCAGACUGGGACUGGGAUGACGAGGAGCCUGUAACCUCCACAAACCCAGGAAGUAGCGGCCAGAAAUCAACGCACGCUCGCUCGAUCGUGAAAUCUGCAAUCAGUUUCGCCAAGAAAGGUCUAGAAUUCCUGAAGCCAACAACCUCCAUGAAAGCCGACGUGGGAAACGACAAUGGUGGCAUGGCCAUGGGCGGGAAGGACGUAGGUGCUCAACAGGACUCAUGCAAAAAACGCAGGGCGGCGUCUUUGGAUGAAAAGCGUGCGAAGAGGGAGCGCGAGCACCAGUACAUGGGUCGGCAGACGAUUGUGACGGUGUGGCCAUUAUUAGAUUGGGAUGCGGUGCUGGGAAGUACCGAAGGUGUCAUGCAGAAGAGCUGCUGGGUACUGAAGGCAAAGGCAAGAAUGGCUCGCGACUCAGUAGCGUCAUCUCGUCGAGCAGGUCGUCCAUGGCUUUCGCGCGGCUUAGCAUCCCAGACGCCAGCAGUAAUUCCAGUGCUUCAUCCUGUAUGGAAAAAAAAAAUGCAAAUCCACCCUGAGCCAGCGUCUGACGAUCUAGAGCAGUCCCCUCAUGAUUCCAACCACGCCAGAGGCACGCGUCGCCGAAGCACAGGAGAAGCGGCAGUCCAGAAUCCCAGCAUGUCCGAGAGAAAUGGUGGUCUCAUGUUAGGAGAUCCCUGCGCUAGAGAUGGAAAAGGUGUACGCCAGAGGAAGGGCGGCCUGAAAUAUACAAAAUUCAUUCAAAAGCUAUAG